ACGAUGUGAUCUGAAAAAUGAAAGACUGCGGAGAGAGAAAGAACAGAAAAGAAAGGGCGUGGUGAAAUUUCUAGAGAGAGAGAGCGAACAGACCAUCCUCUCUCUCCUCGAUGGAUAUCGGUGAACAAGGCCUCCCUUCAGCCGUCGCCACUGCUCCAACCGCCGGCGAUCCCACCGCCUCGCCUCCUCCGCUAUGUGACGCUGUUAUUACUCCCGAUCCAGCUGUUGACUUUGAUUACGUUGCUGAGCCUGAAAUUCAUCAUGCUUUGAUUUCAGACGAAGAGCAUAAUCAUGUUCAUGAACAUGAUGAACUCGAUCACGAUGAGCAUGGGCAUGAGCAUGACCACCAUGAUGAAGGCCAGGAACACAGUCACGUGGCUGAUACGGCUGAGACUGGUGUCUCAUUGGAUGAUCUCAAGCUCAAGAUAAUUAAGCAGGUGGAGUAUUAUUUCAGUGAUGAAAAUCUGCCCACCGAUAAGUAUUUGCUGAGUCUCGUCAGAAGGAACAAGGAAGGGUUUGUUCCUAUACAAGUGAUUGCUUCUUUUAGAAAAACGAAGAAGCUCACACGGGACCAAUUAUUAAUUGCUGCUGCACUGAAGGAAUCUUCACUGCUUGUUGUUAGCGGUGAUGAGAAAAGAGUUAAGAGGGUCAAUCCACUUCGUCUCAAUGAAGUGAAAGAUCAUAAGUUAUAUACUGUUUUGGCAGAGAAUUUGCCGGAGGACCAUUCAAAGGAGAACAUUCGGCAAAUAUUUCAAAAAGCUGGAAAUGUAAAAAAGGUAACUAUAAAUGACCCGCGUUCUACUGCAGCGUCUGCUAAACAUAUCAAGCAAGACAAGUUUCUUGGUAGCAAGUUGCAUGCUCUUGUAGAAUAUGAGACUGUUGAGGCUGCUGAGAAAGCUGUGGCACUGUUAAAUAAUGAACAAGACUGGAGAAAUGGCAUGCGGGUUAAAUUUCUCAAUCGGAUGGAUAAGUAUGCACACAAAAAACAAGCUUGGAAGGGAUCUAGCUUUGAGAAGAAUAGCUCAAGUCAUGCACCUGAGAAAUCUAGAGAUGAGGAGAAUCAUUUGUCACAUGCAUACAAAAAACAAGCUUGGAAGGAAUCUAACUCUGAGAAGAAUAGCUCAACUCAUGUAUCUGAGAAAGCUAGAGACGAGGAGAAUCACGUCUCACAUGAGCAUCAUGAAGAUACACAUGAGGAAAAGGAUGGGGAGCAUUUGUCAAAGGAUAAAGGUGGGCAGAGGUACCCCAAACAGGCAAGACCAAGAAAGCAUAAAUAUCGUGCUACAAAUGGAAUGGGCCAUGGAGGUACAUCAUCUAUUCAUACUGUUGAACCAUCAAAACCGCCUCCUGGACCAAGAAUGCCUGAUGGAACACGGGGUUUUGCAAUCGGACGAGGUCGGCCACUUCCUGCAUCAAUUUAGUAAGAUUGAGGCUAGACAAUGGGACUGUAUUUUAUUGUAUUUUCAGCUGUUUAAGUAAUGUACAAAUUUUAACUUGGGUCCCUUUGUGCAUUUGCUUGAGUGGAUCUCAAGGUUUUGUUGAACUGUUAAAUUUUGUUGUUAAAAGUUAGUGUUGGUGGAUCUCAAAACACUGUAAAAAUUUUAGCCUGGGGAUUAUUAAACAUUUUUUUGUUGUUGUGGUAA